CGCCAGUUCGCCACUGACUGACCCAGACAAAGCUCCCCACCACCACCGCUCCCGUCUCGCUUGGCGCUUCGAGGAGGUCCAGGGUCCGGGUCCGGGUCCUCGUCGGCGACUGCCUUGCCGAGGAGAUGGCCUUCCUCCGCCGCUCCGCCACCACCGCCGUCCUCUUCGCUCUCCACAUCCUCCUCACCACCGCCUCCGUCGCGUCCUCGCCGUCGUCCCUGCCGGAGCAGCAGCAGGACGACAUGCCGGCGCUGCUCCACCUCAAGCGCGCCCUCACUUCCGGCGUCGGCUCCGGCUCCGGCGACGCUCUCCGCCAGUGGUCGCCCGAGUCCGGUGUCCACCACUGCUCCUGGCCGGGGGUCACCUGCGACGCGCGGUCCGGCCGCGUCGUGGCGCUCGCGCUCGGCGGCCGCCUCGGCGGGGAGCUGUCCCCGGCGGUCGGUCGCCUCACCGAGCUCAAAGCGCUCUGCUUUCCCUCGGCCGGCCUCGGCGGCGAGAUCCCUCCGCAGCUCUGGCGGCUGCGGCGCCUCCAGACGCUCAACCUCGCCGGUAACUCCCUCCGUGGCCGCCUGCCGGCCACCUUCCCGGAGGGGCUGAAAAGCUUGGACCUUUCCGGGAACCGGCUGAGCGGGGCAAUCCCGCCGGCGCUGGGGAGCUGCGCGGCGCUCCGGCGCCUCCGCCUGGCCUCCAACUCGUUGGACGGGACCAUCCCGCCGCGGAUUGGGAAGCUAGCGCGGCUCCGCGUUCUGGACCUGUCUGGGAACAGGCUCACCGGCGGCGUGCCGCCGGAGCUCCUCCACUGCAGGGGCCUCGUCAGGAUGGAUCUCAGUGGGAACUUGCUCCACGGCCGGCUGCCCUCAGGCCUCGCGGAGCUCAAGAACCUCAAACUUCUCUCAUUAUCCGGCAACAAUUUCAGUGGCGAGGUUCCUGUUGAUCUUGUCAACAACAAACAAUCCGGGGAAGAGACAACUGCUGCAGCUGUUAAUGCUGCUGAUGCCGUCUCACCAGUUCAUGUAAUUACUGCACAUUCAGUUACUGGUGAACUGUUUCCUGUUUCUCCUAUACCAACAAUUACCCGUCAGCUGACUGAGACAGGGCCGGGCACUUCUAAUGGCAGCACCAGCAGCAGUGGCAGCAAUGGUGAUGGUGGCUUGGGAAUCAAAGAGAUUGCUGCCAUAGCUUCAGCAUCAGCCAUUGUCGUGGUUCUGUUAGUUGCACUCACCCUGUGCAUCUGUACAAGGAAAUGGCCUCUGAGACCAUCAAAGCGCUCUGCUAGGACAAGGGAAGUCAAGGUUUUUGCAGAUGUUGACAUUGGAGCCCCCCUGACAUAUGAGGCUGUUGUCCGCGCUACUGGGAAUUUCAAUGCUAGCAACUGUAUUGGCAGCGGUGGCUUUGGCGCGACAUACAGAGCCGAGGUGGCACCUGGAGUUCUUGUGGCAAUAAAGAAGCUUGCGAUUGGAAAGAAGCAUGGCGACAAGGAAUUCCAAGCAGAAGUGAGGAUCCUUGGGCAAUGCCGUCAUCCUCAACUUGUCACUCUCCUGGGGUACCACAUCAGCGAGUCGGGGAUGUUUCUGAUAUACAACUAUCUGCCAGGUGGCAACCUGGAAAGGUUCAUACAAGAGAGGGGUAAGAGGCCAAUCAGCUGGAGAAGGCUUCACAAGAUUGCUCUGGAUGUUGCCUGUGCGCUUUCAUACAUGCAUGACGAAUGCGUCCCCCGCAUUCUGCACCGGGAUGUCAAGCCAAACAACAUAUUGCUCGACAAUGAAUGCAACGCCUACCUUUCUGAUUUUGGAUUGGCGAGGUUUCUCCGGAACUCAGAAACGCAUGCGACAACAGAUGUUGCUGGUACUUUUGGUUAUGUGGCUCCUGAGUAUGCAAUGGCAUGCCGGGUGUCUGACAAGUCAGAUGUCUACAGCUUCGGAGUUGUGCUGCUGGAGCUGAUUUCAGACAAGAAAGCACUGGACCCAUCAUUUUCUCCAUAUGGAAAUGGUUUCAACAUUGUCCACUGGGCUGUGAGGCUUAUCCAGAGAGGCAGGGUUCGCGACUUCUUCAUCGAAGGCUUGUGGGAGAAGGCCCCACAUGAUGAUCUGGUUGAGUUCCUGAACCUGGCGGUCCGGUGCACGCAGGAGUCUCUUGCUUCUAGGCCCACAAUGAAGCAUGUUGUUCGACGCCUAAAGGAACUCCGACCGCCUUCUUACUAGGAAGACAAGGCACUCAACGCCUAAAUACUUACCUAAGAAGAACUGAUGGGCUGAUAGCUAGGUUUGAUCCCCUGCAAAGCCAAAGGGGGUAGUAGCUGUGGUAAGGAGGUAAGGAGGUGCCAUCAAUUUUAUCUCCUCAGCAGCCUCCUCUCCACCGUAUUUUACUGAUGGAUAACAUUCUAGGUAGAUGAAUGCUUCCUCUAAAAAAAUGAAAAAAUAUAGAAAAAAAACAUGAAAAACAAAGAAAACUGAAUGCUUCAACAGUUCUGCAACUACAUAACAUUUGAGCGAGAUUACUUCUUUUCCUGCAUGAUUGAUGAGAAAAAGGGGUAAUGAUAUGUAGUUUCAGAACUGUUGAAGCAUUUGGCCUUCUGAAAUCUUGUAAAUAUUGUCAGUGAAGUUUGACAUGUAUGGAUUGAUGAUUGUGUUGGUAUGUUAAACUGUUCUUGUUUCA